AAUCUCUCUCAAUACCCAUCAAAUAAUUAAACACCAAAAACAAACAAUCAAUACACACACACCACAUUCCACAAAACAAUGGCCAAACACAUUUUCCUCGUAACUUUCUUUGUAGCUUUAAUUCUCUUCAUUGCUCACACCAACGCCUCAAAGGACGAAAAAGAAGAAAUUCCAGAAAGUUGCCACAAGCAACUCAAGAGUUUGAACCUAAAACAUUGUGAGAAAUUCCUCAUGAAGAGGAUGCAGAAGGACGAAGACGAGGACGACGAUAAUGUUAUAAAAAUGAGGGGAGUCAACUACAUUCGAAACCGCGAAGAAGGACUAAAGGAGAACUGUUGUGCACAACUUAGUGAAGUGAAUUUCUUGGAUUGUAGGUGUGAAGCUUUGCAAAAGAUAGGAGAUAAUUUGAGUGAUAAGUGUGAUAAGAAGGAGAUGGAAGAAAUGGAAAGGGAGUUAAAGAUUUUGCCUUUGAGGUGUGGUAUUACACCACCUCUUGGGUGUGACUUGAGCUUUGAUAACUAAAAAAAGGGGUAAGGGGUCAUGUGAUGGCUUAAUUAUUCUAAACUUAGUUAAGCUAUCUCUUUGCUUUUGUAAUGUGUAAUAAAGAUCAUUAAUCAUAUGAUCAUGAAAUGAAAGCACAUAUAUAGUGUGCUUUGUGGCUCUUUGCCUAUGUUAUGUUUUGUUAAUAUGUUUUUUAUAAAUUAAAUUAAAAAUCUUUUCUUUUGCAAA